GCGCGCCAACCGAAACACAGAUGCAGCAUGGUGCCACCGCAGUCUGCCGGGGCCUCUAGUGCGGCUCCGUCGAACAUGUUCCAGUGUGGCAUCUGUGCCCGAAGCUACUCCCGGGCGGACCACCUGACCCGCCACAUCCGUUCACAUACCCAACACAAACCUUAUACUUGUCAGCACUGCGGAAAGUCCUUUGGACGCAUCGAUUUGCUGCGUAGGCAUGUGGCUGCCCAUAACCCAGAAAAUGCCUCGGGCAAAGGAGGACGCGGCGGACGCAUUGCCCGGGGCCAGCACCUGGAGAGGAGGGUCUCGCAGGCGUGUCGGAACUGCUCACAGAAUCACUUGAGGUGCUCAGAUAGCAAACCAUGCAGCCGUUGCGUCAAGGAUGGUCUCGAAUGCGUCUGGCCGCAGCAGCACAAUCAGCCGAAACACCAAUUACCAUUGGGGCAAGGCAACUCGCAGGCCGAUGACGGGAAUCAAGACGGGGAAGGGGAUUUGCGAGACGAUGAAGAUGUACAAUCGCCCACGGCUGAUGCCGAAUCUGGACGCGGCUCGCUUAUGGCAGAUUCUGCCUCAACAGAGAACGCAGGUCCUGGCUCGGCAAACCCGACUGCCCCGCAUUUGAUGGCAAUGGACUCCGGAUUCUCUAGACCUCCGGCACCCGACUCCAUACCGGCGGUUGAUGUCGGCUACUCAAGACCGCCGCCUCAUAAUUCGGUACCUGCACUAUUGCCGCCAAACAUGACCGACCACAUAGAACCUAUGCCGCAUAUCGCCGUUGCCCCUCCUGAAGGCGGACUAGACGCCUUUCAGGUAUUCGGCCACCACCAUCACGAUUCUCUCAUGACGGAUUUCGCACACUCGCCACGCCGCCUACCAGCAUACGCCUUUCUUAAUGCCGACUUUGACCUCAACGACGUCGAUCUCGGGUUCCUCGAGUCUUACAAUACCAAUAUUCCUUUUAAUCUCUAUUUCCAGCAGGAGAGUCCCAACACCAUUACCAGCCCGACGACAACUAGACAGGACACUGUAGGCUCCGUGUCGGGCAUCGCCAUCAACGAGUCUUCGGCUCCCACGACUGCGGCCACUUGGAGUCAGCGGUCGAGGUGGCGUUUUGUGCCCAACAAGAAUGACCAUGGCGGCAACGAAGAACAAAAUCUUUCCCUGCCCGCAGAACAUCUAGGGACUUCGCCCGAGUCACGAAUCGACUUCCAACAAGGGCUUGGCACUGCCGAGCCAUUAAGAACGAGUACAAGGGACAAGAUAUUAUGCAUGAUCGUGGAGAACUGCCGUCCCACCAACCGCGCCAAGGCAGUGUCGUCGUUCCCGUCAACGGAGCUCCUCAAUAUUCUAAUUCAGUUUUAUCUCACAUCAACAAUAUCGAUGCCAGGAUCCUUUAUUCACUUGGCUUCCUUCAGUCCCAAUACCGCGAGGCCUGAGCUGCUGGCAGCCAUAAUAGCUCAUGGCGCCGUCAUGACGCUCGACCCGACAUUUGUCAAGCUGGGGUUUGCGAUUCAGGAGUGCGUGAGAGUGGCUAUUCCCAGGAGUUGGGAAUCCGACAACCGCGCAACCCGCGACCUCGAACUUGCCCAGGCGUUCAUGAUCAACCUUCGCAUUGGCUUGUGGUCCGGCGACUCACGGAAGAUGGAGAUUGCCGAAUCGUUCUUGCAGCCGCUUCUUACCAUCAUACGUCGGGCUGGAAACCUUCAGCGGUCCCGCUAUCCACCCUUGAACCUCCAGGUCCUCCAAGCGACGGAAAACUUGGAUGAGGAGUGGAAGCGCUGGGUGGAGCUGGAAUCCUGGAAGCGGCUCGUCUUUCAAUUAUGGCUGCAUGACGCCGACAACAGCAUUGCACUCCUUGUCCCACCUCUUUUGUCGUACGCCGAGUUCCACGCCCCGAUACCUGACCACCCGAGUACAUGGCGUGCCGGCGGGGCUGAGGAGUGGCGGCGAGCUCAGCUGCAUCAGCUCGUGGGCAGUGACCCAAACAGUCGCAACGACCAGUCACCGCAGUUCGUAGUAAAGCCAAGCAUAGUGGAUUAUCUAGCCGACUUCAACACCGUCGAUUCGGUUGUGUCUGUUCGCGCGUCUGUUGACCACCGUCUCGCCAAGCUCGCCUUCCUGGCUGGCGCUUGGCGGCUGAGCUGGGAGUAUAAUCAGCUGAAGGCUCUACAGCGGCCAAGCUUCAACACAAUCAACCACUCCCUGCCCCCUGCCGGCCAGACGCACCUACGAACCAGCUUCUUCAUGACGUCCCGCUACGACGAGCUUCACAGUAUGCUGGACCGUUUCGCCCUCGGCCAAGACCAUUCUACGCCUGAGGUCACCCUGCGGUUAGAAGUCGUCCGCCUAAGCCUGGACGUGCCCCUGGCGGACGUGCAAUUUUUUGCGGGCCUUGACGGACCCGAGGAGGCGCGUCGGGUGCACCCUGCCCUGCGCCAGUGGGUGUGCACCCCUUCCGCCCGGCGAGCAGUCGCGCACGCAGGCCAGGUCGUCCGGGCGGCGAGAAGGGUCAGCAAGACCGACAUGUCUGGGUUGAGCGCUACGGCGCUGUACCACUCGGCGCAGGUCCUGCUGGUCUAUGGGGCACUGCUGCGCGAGGCCGGUGUCGAUACGCCUCGGGAUGCGACUCCGGUGUUUCUGGAUGGCGAGGACCGCGAGGCGAUUGAGCGAUUUGUGCACCUCGAUCGUGGGUCCCCGGCGGUGCGCUUGUAUGAUGGUGGUGCUUCUGCUCAACAACCAUCGUCGAAUUAUACAGACGGUGUUCAGGCAAAGCAAAACCAGCCUCAACAGACCGUGACUGCCCUCUUGUCUGAUUCACCGAUGGUUUUGGAGGCUGUGUCCCAGGUUCUCAGGUCCAAGUAUGAGGAUGGGCGAAGACCUAUUCUGAUCGACAGCAUCAUCCAGCUUUUGACAGAUCUUGGAGGGACUGGGUCCGGAGUGUAG